UUACGACGCGCCGGAAAGUAGCGGCCGCAGCCAGCGGCAGGUUGAGCCGGGACAUUAUGGGGGUGAGGGGAGGCGACCCGCCGCCGGGGCAUUGGAGGGACAGGUGGCGAGGAUCUGGGAGGCAGACGUUCGCGCCAGAAGGGAACGAAGGGCGUGUGCUCGCGUUGAAGGAGCGGGAGGCAGAGCUCGUGCUGGGAGGGGCAGGGCAGAGCCGACGGUCGGGACUAAGCGGUCCCUUGUGGGCUGCGCAGGCGCAGCUGACGCGGACUCUGUGGCCCUCCCUCUCCUCAGAAAAUCGCGCUGCAGCUCAAAGCCACGCUGGACAACGUCACCAACCUCCGGCCAAUGGGCGAGGACUUUCGGUGGUACCUGAAGUAAACAGGGACUAAAUGAAAUGCUUCGUGAAGAGACCUUGUGAUUAUUUAAUAAGAUGAAAUGUGGCAACUGUGGUGAGAUUUCAGAGAAAUGGCAGUACAUCCGGCUGAUGGACAGUGUGGCCCUGAAGGGUGGGCGUGGCAGCGCCUCCAUGGUCCAGAAGUGCAAACUUUGCACACGGGAAAACUCCAUUGACAUUUUGAGCAGCACCAUCAAGCCUUACAAUGCUGAAGACAAUGAGAAGUUCAAGACAAUAGUAGAGUUUGAAUGCCGGGGCCUUGAACCAGUUGAUUUCCAGCCACAGGCUGGGUUUGCUGCCGAGGGUGUGGAGUCAGGGACAGUGUUCAGUGACAUUAAUCUGCAGGAGAAGCCCAAAUGUAGGGCUCUCUGGUGUACAUGCAUGGAGGCUGUGAUGUGCUUCACAGGGAAAAUACAUGUUAGGAUUGGACUGAGUAUGAUGAAAAGGCCCAGGAGUCUGUGGGAAUCUAUGAGGUCACCCACCAGUUUGUGAAGUGCUGAACUCUUCCUGCACACUUGCCCUUAAGGAUUGAAACGGGACAAAGUGCUCCAAGUUGCAGAGCCCACUGAGGCCAGUCCCUUCUUCCCUCGUCUCCUAGUAGCUGUACCAAACCCUCCUGGUCUGCAUGCUAGGCUCUGUUGCAGCUUCCCAAGCCCCACAAAUAAAGCCCCUGUUGCUGCC